AUGGCUUUCAGCGGUGCCCAAGCUCCUUACCUGAGCCCGGUCGUCCCCUUUUCUGGGACAAUCCAAGGGGGUCUCCAGGAUGGACUUCAGAUCACCGUCAAUGGCUCCGUGAUUAACUCCAGGGAAAACAGGUUUGCUGUGAACUUGCAGACUGGCUUCAGUGACAAUGACAUUGCCUUGCAUUUCAACCCUCGCUUUGAAAAGGAAGGAUAUGUGGUCUGCAACACGAGGCAGAAAGGACGCUGGGGGCCUGAGGAGAGGAAGAAGCCCAUGCCCUUCCAGAAGGGGAGGCCCUUUGAGCUCAGCUUCCUGGUGCAGAGCUCGGAUUUCAAGGUGCUGGUGAACGGCAGCUUCUUUGUGCAGUACUCGCACCGCGUGCCCUUCCACCGCGUGGACAACAUCUCUGUCGUUGGCCCCGUGCAGCUGUCCUACAUCAGCUUCCAGAACACCCGCGCAGCCCCCGCCCAGCCUGCCUGCUCCAUGCCGCAGUUCUCCCAGCCUGUCCGCUUCCCCUACAGGCCCAGGGGAGGCAAACCAAAACCGCCAGGCAUGCGUCCCGCCUACCCGGCCCCCUUCAAUCCUAGCAUCCCGCCUAUGGUGUACCCCAACAAGACCUAUCCGAUGCCUUUCUUCACCUCCAUCCCAGGCGGGCUGUACCCGUCCAAGUGCAUUGUCCUGUCGGGCACUGUCCUGCCCUGUGCGCAGAGGUUCCACAUCAACCUGUGCGCGGGGAGUGACAUCGCCUUCCACCUGAACCCCCGUUUCGAUGAGAACACCGUGGUCCGGAACACCCAGGUCGAUAGCUCUUGGGGGCCCGAGGAGCGAGGCCUGCCCCGACAAAUGCCCUUCGCCCGCGGCCAGAGCUUCUUGGUGUGUAUCAUGUGUGAAAGCUACUGCUUCAAGGUGGCCGUGGAUGGCCAGCACCUGUUUGACUACUGCCACAACCUGAAGAACCUGCCGGCCAUCGACAGACUGGAAGUGGGGGGUGAUGUGCAGCUGGCACACGUGCAGGUGUAGGGACGAGGGCCGGGGCGAGUCGCUGCCUGAGUCUCCCCAGCACGUCCACUUCCCCGCCCCGGCCUCGCCCUCUCCGCCGUGCCCAGGCCUGGGCCGUCCAGCAGAGGCGUGUCCUUGUCUGCCUGCUCCUGGCUGC